CUGUUUGUUGGAAUUCAGGUGGCCAUAAUUGUUGUCCAGAUUUUGUGGUUCUCCGCUCGACGAGCGCAUGCAGCUGUAUUUGUUGCAUUCUGCUGGACACUGGCUUGUGCUGUCACUGGGGACUACAUUCCAUUUAGUGUGCUUGCUUGCCUUCAGGCUAUCACUAUCCCAGUGAUUAUCGCCGCUAAGGUGCUGCAAAUCCAUGCAAAUUAUCGGCAGAAGAGUACCGGUCAAUUGUCACUGAUCUCUGUAUCUCUACAAUUCAGUGGUUGUUUAGCGCGGAUAUUCACAUCGAUGAAGGAAACCGGUGAUCGGCUAGUAAUCAUCAACUAUGUCAUUGCUGCACUGUUGAAUGGAGUGAUUUUUGCUCAGUUCUUCCUGUACUGGAAGAGCACUGAGAAAAAGAAAUUGGCAUAA